GAAGCUUGGAACAUUUAAAUAUUAAGGAGUUGAAAUAAAACAAUGAUAGCUGUGUACUCAUGAACUAAAGGAUGUUUUGUAAUAUGACAUAAUCCAAAGGAAGAUCCAUAUAUCAUCCAUGUUCAUUAUUUCAUAUAUCUUUCUACUUGGGGUAAGCUUAAAUAUUUGUGAAGUUUCACUAAAUUCAUUUAUGAUUCAAUAUAUAUAAGAAUCGAAGAUGAAAUUUCUUAAACUUUAUUUUUCGUACAAUUAUUGACAAGAUCCCCGGAUGUAACUACAUUACAAACAAAUACGUUUCCCAGCUAUAUCUUUUAGUCUUUUAGUAUGAACCACAAUUACUAGCUCCUUAAUCACUAGCAGCUAUUAAAAUAAUUUACAUGGCAUACUGAAAGUACAAAGUUUUGAUAUCACAUUUUUGGUCCUAAACCACACCACCUUUGAUGGUACAAAGUCAUACCAUAUAUGUUGGGGUAAAUUCAUGAAAUAUACGUUGAUGCAAAUAUAUAACACAUAGUUUAAUGCAAAACCAUACCACAAAUGUCAAUGCAAAGGUAUAAAACAUAUAUUAGUGAAAAGCAAUACCACAUAUGCGGCUAAGAGUUCAUUAUAAAUUGUACCCAUUUACUUCAGUUGCUGUGGGGAAUUGACACUUUAUCCCAGAUAAUGAAUUUGGACUUUUUCAGUUUAUGUGUCAUAUUGACCCCAUGUCGAGCAUUGCAGGUUGAUAUUUCGUUCAUGGAGUAGGCAACUUGAAACGACUGUGGGAAGGUCUAUCCCCUUCGAGCAAAUUUGCUGCCAUGCCUAUACUUCCAUAUUGCAAGAUUAAUCCACUUUUGCUGGGCUCUUAGUGAAUGCUUACAUUGUAAAGGAAAGUUUUAACACUUCCGCGCUGUCCAAAAAACAACAAAUAGACGUGUGGGUAAUUAAGGGGUUUCAAUCCCUAAUUUUGCCAAAAGCUCUCAAUUGCUCUAGGUUAUAUAUUUAAAAAUUUUCUUCGAACGUCGUUUUUUCGGCAAUUAGACGCUAAUAUUUUUCAGAAUAGAAUGGCCCGUCAUAAUUGCCGUCUGAAAGUUCAAGGUCAAAAUCUGCCAAUGACUUUCAAUCUGCUCGAAUGAUAUAUCCCAUUCGUUUAAAUGUCAUAUAGAGAGCUUUUUCUCUACCAGGAAAGUGUGUCUGAUAGCCUUCCAUAAGAUUGUCCUUGUGGCUGUCAAAUAAUGCUGCCGCAUCCGACAGUUAUCACGUGAUCAAAAUAAAUAAAAACGACUGUCUAAGUUGUACAGAAAUUUAAUGGGUUAAACCUUUAGUACGCAAGCACCGACCAUUCUCAAUCAUCAUCAGUUAAUCCCCUUGCAAUCCAUGGUUCUUGCAAAGUUUAAAAUGGGAUAGUGGCUCUUCCGAGCGUCCUUGGGUCAUCCAAAGAUGUUGCUCCUCUAAAAUUGAGAGGGAGAAUUCGGAGGAACCAUUUAUCUCUAUCCGUGUGACUUCACCAUUUAAACAUUCUGCCAUUUGAAGAUUUAUGUCGUCUGAGAUGAAUUUUAAAUUUUGAAUUUUUGUCAUCCCAGGUGUAGUGUUAUCUCAGGUAUAGUGUCAUUCCAGGUAUAUAGUGUUUAAAGGUAAAUGUAUCAAUACUCUCGAGCAUUAGGGUCUGCCUGAUGACGUUUAAACCAAGACAGAAGUUUGGAACUGGUGGGUUUUCGCAAUACAGCUUCAGCUUACUUGCCUGGUAAAAUAACAUAUUGUUUGUCCAUAAAUGUGGACAUAUAAAACUUGUUCAUGAUCAGUUUGGUGGUACACUUUGUAUUCUCUGAGCCUCCGCCAUGCUUCAGGUGCAUGUUCACAUUGGAUUCCAAGUAAUUUUUUAUUUCGUACCAUUCACUAGGGGCUUCCUGGCCUCUGGGAACAGUAAGGCUUUCAAUAGUGUAAAGUCAUGCCGCUUGCAAACGUAUUUAAAGAAGUAUUUUUAACGCUUUAAUUGAGCUACACUUCUCUUCAUAAAUCUUGGCGUUGUAUUUCAGUCAGGUAUGAAACAGUACGGCAAAACUCAUCUGUUGUCAACUUUGUUUCCCCCAAUUUGAAUAAAACUACCAUCAUCUCGGUUUUGAUAUUUUGUUUAAAAAUUGACUGUUGGUCUCAGCCCAUAUAUCUUUUUCUGAAUUAUUUAUUUCUUUUUCAGUUUUUCAUAAAUGGCGCAUUUGGCUUGAAUGGUCCACGUUGGCCAGUUAUCAUACAUGAUUUUAUGAUUUCAGGUAGCCUAGGCUGGGCGUGUUUGUCACGCAGUACCGCAUAGACAAUUUUCUCAGUUGUUUCAUUCUCACAGACUUUGUCUUAUUGGGACAUAAAUAGCAAUAUGUUUCUAUGUGGUAGAACACGGAAUUGGAGCUCAAUCACCAUAUGUACCAAUGUGAUGGACCACGGGUCUGGAGCUCAAUAGCAAUGUUUUCCCAUGUGAUAGAACACGGGCUCGGAGCUCAAUAGCAACAUGUUCCCAUGUGGUAGACCACGGGUCCGGAGCUAAAUAGCAGUAUUUUACCGUGUGAUAGACCAAAAGUUUUGAAGCUUAAUAGCAAUAUAUGCCCAUAUUGUAGACCACGGGAUUGGAACUCAAUAGCAAUAUGUGCCCAUGUGGAAGACCCCGGCAUUGGAGCUCAAUAUCAAUAUGUGCCAAUGUGAUGAAAUACGGCAUUGGAGCGUAAUAGCAAUAUGUGCCCAUAUGGUAGACCACGGGAUUGGAGCUCAAUAGAAAUAUGUGACCAAAUGGUAGACAACGGGAUUGGAACUCAAUAGAAAUAUGUCACCAAAUGGUAGACCACGGGAUUGGAACUCAAUAGAAAUAUGUGCCCAUGUAGUAGAUCACGGUUUUGGAGCUCGUUCACGUGGAGCAAAGCAUUAUAAUGUCCAAAACUUUGGUGUUUGGUUAGGUCUUCAGGUAGCAAUUUAAGUUUCAACUCAAACACUCUUGGUGCUAAAUCAGGAUGGUCACAUGGUUGCCUUCCGGGACGUAAGUUUUUCCUGAUUUCCCCUCCAUUUAGCAGUACACGUGAAUGUUACACGUGAGGUUUACCAUAUUUCCGUACCAUGGAUGUAACAUCUUGGUAAUUUUGAGCCACAACUCUAGGAAUCCCUAUGAAGGCUGGAGGCAAUUUAACUUUCUUUCAAGACAAUAUGUUACCGUCCUAACAAUUGUAGUUAUUCGCAAAUCGUUGAAGGACACCGUACUCUUCAGCUCUUAUUGUGCUAUGAUUUAUUUUGUUCAAAUCUAAUUGAAAUGGUUUGCCUCGGUCUUGCAAUAAGCGUCAACAAUGAAAUGCUGAGUCAGCUGUGAUGUGUUAAGGAGCUGGUUAAUGUUUCCAUCGUGAAUGGCAAAAUGACAUGAAAUACAAUUGAACCUGGGACACAUUUUAUUGACCAACAACUUUCUUUGGAUCUAUGGUCGACCCUGAAUACACUGGGAAAAUCAAAGGGUAGUACAUUGGGUCACAGAGUGUAACCAGAAUGAAUAUAUUUGUUAAAAUUCCGCUAUUGGGAUUAAUUGUAACAUCUCAAAUAUCCUGGGUUGCACCAUCUGCUUCGUGAAAUACGGCAUCAAUAUCUAUUCUGGCUUUGGGAGAGUUGGUUCUGCCGGGGUUCGCACUAUUUAUUGUUUCACUCAAGAAUGUCAUGCAAUAUCCUAUUGGCUUUUGGGUUUACUGAUUCGCCUUUUGCUUAGCAUUUCGCCGUGUUCAAAUAUGAGCAUAUGAUGCCUAGAAAAGUCAAUAAUAUAAACUACAUAGCAAAAGCAACAUAAUUAAUCUCUGCACCAAAUACACUCUCUAAAAAUAUUAACACCAAUCUAUACUGGUAACAGACACACUAGCUACCGGUAACGGACACACUAUCUACCGGUAACGAACACACUACCUGCCGGUAAAAGGACACUCCACUACCGGUAACGGACACACUACCUGCCGGUAAAGGACACACCACCAACCGGUAACAGCCACACUACCUGCCGGUAAAGGACACUCCACCUACCGGUAACGGACACACUAACUACCGGUAACGGACACACGACUUACCGGUAACGGACACUCCACCUAACGGUAACGGACACACUACCUACAGGUAAUGGACACACUGCCUACAGGUAACAGACACACUACCUACCGGUAACGGACAUACUGACUACCGGUAACGGACACACUACCUACCUGUAAAGGACACUCAACCUAACGGUAACGUACACACUCUACCGGUAAUGGACACACUCCCUACUGGUAACGGACACACUACCUACCGGUAACUGAAACUCCACCUACCAGUAACGGACACAAUAUAUACGGUAACGGAAUACUGCCUACCAGUAACGGACACACUACCUACCGGUAAUGGACACUAUACCUACCGGUAACGGACACACUACUUACCGGUAACGGACACACUGCCUACCUGUAACGGACACUCCACCUACCGGUAACGGACAUACUACCUAACGGUAACGGACACACUACCUACCGGUAACUGAAACUCCACCUACCAGUAACGGACACAAUAUAUACGGUAACGGAAUACUGCCUACCAGUAACGGACACACUACCUACCGGUAAUGGACACUAUACCUACAGGUAACGGACACACUACUUACCGGUAACGGACACACUGCCUAACUGUAACGGACACUCCACCUACCGGUAACGGACAUACUACCUAACGGUAACGGACACUCUACCUACCGGUAACGGACACACCACUUACCGGUAACGGACACACUGCCUAAUGUAACGGACACACUACCUACCGGUAACGGACACACUGCCUAACGGUAAUGGACACACUACCUACCGGUAACGGACACACUGCCUAAUGGUAACGGACACACUAUCUACUGAUAACGGACACACUGCCUAUCGGUAACGGACACACUUCCUACCGGUAACGGACACACUACCUACCGGUAACGGAAACACUGCCUAAUGGUAACGGACACACUACCUACCGGUAACGGAUACACUGCCUACCGGUAACGGACACACUGCCUAACGGUAACGAACACACUACCUACUGGUAACGGACACACUACCUACCGGUAACGGACACACUGCCUAACGGUAACGGAAACACUACCUACCGGUAACGGACACACUACCUACUGCGUUACAUAUUAUACAUAACCAAAAAUUCCACCCACUUAAAGUACAACCCGGGGUGGACGCCCCUACCAGUUGCGCCAUUUUUUUAGAUUUUUAAAAAUGUUAUUUUGCUUUUACUCUUCCAGUGUCCGAUAUUUAUAUUUUGAGACGGUCAUAAUGGUAGGCUUCAUGUUUAACAUUGAAUAUAUCACGACUGCCUGGCUUAACUCUCUUCUCGAAAUUUUGUAAAACAAAUACAAAUUGAUUAUUCACUCUUCCACACGAAUUUAUACUUAUUUUACCUACAGUCAAGUGACGCCAUUUAUUCAUUUAUAUAGUUUAAAAGUAAUUAAAGAGUCACGGAAUUCUUUAAUCGAUAAAUAACUUGGAAAAUUAAAAUUAAAAAAAUAAAACUUCAUGUGAAAAAUUUACAAGCACUAAACUCUUACAGCCUUAAGACCAACAGCUCCACAUAUCUCUAAAAGGACAAACAAAAAUGUAAUGUAAAACCUUUGAGACAAUCGGACAGUGUUAUUUGUGUUAUGUGUAUUGUGUAAGCUACACAUCAUUUUUUACUCAUUCUUAUCCUUAUUUAAUGUCUUAUUUUUUUACAGCUUUCACAUAUUGCAGCUAAUCAAACGUGCACACCUGCUUUCAUUUCUAUUAAAAAUCAAAGUAUCGAGAUCUAUGAAGAGAAUUAUAAAAAUUACACGAAGAGAAGUGAUCUUGGAAGCCCCGAGCCCCUGUUACACCAGAACUUGAGCGUACAAGCCUUCCUGGAGACAACACCCUGUGGCGUCAGUGCCAGAGAUCCUGAUCAAAUGAUCAUCGCUGGUGGCCCCGCGCCCGAAAAAUUAUUUCCAUGGCAGGUGGGCUUAGUCAGCCCUCGAGGUUUAUGUGGUGGGGUCCUAAUUUCUAGUUCUUGGGCACUGACUGCAGCCCAUUGCCCCGUGGGGGAAAACACCACUGGCAUCUUGGGAUCUGUUCUGUUACAUACACGCCAUCCUCGUAAACAAAUAAGACGUGUGAAAAUCGCCGUGCGGCACGAAAACUUCAGUUUAAAAUCCCUUCUCAAUGACGUAGCUCUCGUCAAAUUUGAUUCACCGGUUGUCCUCAACGACUACGUCAGGCCCAUCUGUCUACCCAAGAAGGGGGACGUCUUUGACGGCGUGAACGCUUGUUUCAUCUCUGGCUGGGGCAGACUCUCAAAGUCACCGGGACCUAAGCCGCCUCUUCAAUUCGGCAGAACUUCAGUUAUGCCGGAAAGUAUUUGCUUCUAUACGCUCCGACUGUACGGACGGCACCUGAAAAAGGGCGAACUUUGCAGUGACCUAGCCGGCUCUUUUGUGGGCCGGGGAGACUCAGGGGGGCCCUUGAGUUGCAAAGUUGGAGGGCGUUAUUACGCUGCCGGUUUGGCCAGCUAUACAAUUAAACCGCCCCGCAGAGACAUAACGUUUCUUCCUGAGAUGUUCUCCAAGGUGUCUGAGUUCAUAGAUUGGAUAUUAAAGACAAUAGAGGAACAUGGGUUAUAAUUGUGAUCA